AUGGCUGUGAUCCUCCCGAACCCCGCGGCUGCAGACGAGAACUCUGAGCAACAUGAUACGUUCGAAUCCAUCGCGCCCGAGCGCGCCUAUACCUCUAACAGCUACGAUGUAGAGGCUGAGCCUGAUACCGUUGAAGACGCGAGCACCGUUGACCAAGGAAAAUGUGAGCCGUCGGAUGAUGUAGUCGAAGAGCCGCAGCGGCUCUCUGUGUCUGAACCGGGUCCUGGGAACGCUAUUGAAGAGAUUGAGGCAGCACUGGCAGACCAUGCAUCCAUUGGUAACCAGGGAGAGUGUGAGCCGUCGUACGAUGCGAACGAAAAACCGCAGCGUCUCCCUGUGUCUGGCUCGUGUCCUGGGAACGCUAGUAGGGAUAUCAAGCCAGCAUUGGCAGCCUCUGAGUCGGACGUCAAGUUGUCGGCGGAAGUUCGCCGGAUUUUGCACUACUUUCUAGCGAGUAUGCCAGAGUUUUUGCUCUUAUCAAUGGUGUACAUGCAGAUUCAGCUUACUCUAGACCAAUGGAGCAAGGGGAAAGCGGAGAUCACACAGGUCAUUAUCUAUGCUGUCUAUGAGGUAUGUGUAAUACUGGCUCUCAUGAUUUUAGCAUCUCCGCUGACACGAGAGUGGCUAAUUGCCCGCCCCACAGUGGGAGUUGUGUAUGAAGGCUAUGCGUUUUAUUACGCCAGGACCCGAUUCUCAUCUAGCGGGAGGGUGAAGGCAGACCUAUUAAUAAUAAUGCUUACAUUCGUAUUUGCGCUUACAACGACAUGUCUAUGCGUGAAAAACCUUCUCAUUAGAACUGACUCGAAUGAGGGCAAGCCAUCGGACGAGAAGAAUGAUGUGCCCGAGUCACCGCCUCCUGACUACGGGUAUAAUUUCACCGUAUGGAUCCCUGGUAAUUCCAAGAUUUUGCUAGUACCUAAACUGGUAAUUUUGGGCAAUGUUGCUUGA